AUGGGCACGCCUGUAAGCAACGGCGCUCCGGGGAAUCAAGCUGCAACUGUAAUUGCAGUUGUGGUAUGCCUGCUGAGUGUUGCAACAAUUCUACUUGCGGGUCGCAUCUACGCUCGGUGCGUAUUAGUAAAUGCCCCAGGGAUCGAUGACUGGGCCGCCCUCAUAGCUUGGAUCCUCACCGUUGCGACUGGAGUAGAUGUAGCGCUAGCUACCCGAUACGGCCUGGGAUACCACACAGCGACACUGCAAGUGGAGACAAUGAUUGCGUAUGCGAAAUGUUUUUUUGUUCUAAUUAUUCUCUAUAAUCACGCCUUAACCGCUACCAAGAUCGCUUUCCUGUUGCAGUACCGCCGCGUCUUUCUGAGGACUAAAAUGCGGCUAGCAUGCAACAUUGGAAUUGGGAUUGUCGCACUUUGGGGUCUACUCCAGGUUUUAUUGACUGUCUUUUUCUGCAAACCAAUAUCUGGAUUCUGGGAUGUUACAAUUGAAGCGCAGUGCUUUCCGAGACUGCCCUUAUGGUAUAUUAAUUCGGUAUUCAAUAUUGUUAGCGACAUUGUCAUCUUUGUCCUUCCGCUACCUGGGUUGCGAACACUGCAGCUGGUCAAGGCCCAGAAGCGAGUUUUGAUCGGUGUUUUCUGUCUUGGUUUCUUCAUUUGCGCUAUCUCCAUUGUACGCAUUCAAACUCUCAAAGAGGCCGCAGUAACGAAAGAUCCUACCUGGAACGGCGUGGCCGCUGCCUGUUGGAGUAUGGCCGAACUUGGCUGCGGCAUCAUCUGUCUGUGCAUCCCGACUCUGCGUCCUUUAGCAAUGCGGCUGUUCCCUGGCAUGCUACAGUCAAAUCUAGGGAGGGGAGCCGAAGGCUACGAGAUGCAUCCGGACUCGAGGGAUAUUCACGUUAAGCGUGAUUUUGACGUGCAAGGGAGCAAGGACAGUCUGUGCCCAGAUACGCAUUUUGAGACGAACCAAUCCAGUGCAUCGGGUGCAAGUAGGGCUCAGAGUGGUAGUGGUAUAUCUGUCGUGGAAUCAACUGGCUAA